AUGAUGAUAUUCACAAUCGUGUCCAUCAUGGUUCUGGUGAUAGUAUCACCAACCGCCACUCUUGCAUUUCACACGCAACGAACCAUCCUCUCUAGCAGCAGCAGCAGAAGUUCCUCGUGCUAUAAUGACGAUGCACUAACGGCGACAAGUGCAUUGUAUUCCAAUCCACCAUCAGCCGCCAAGGAAGAAAACGUAGAAGAGACUCCUUCCUCCUCUUCCAGCAGCAAUCAAAAUGAUGACAAUGGUGAUUUGUUUCUGUCGCAAUUGGCUUCCAAUCUCAAUCAAAAGGUCGAGGAGGCCCAUCCAUCCAUCAAGGAACAAAAAGAAAUAAACAUGGACGAAUUAGACAUGAAAGCCAAAAUGAAGCAAUGGGCUGGAAACUACGACCAACCAGCCAUGCAAGCCAAACUGCAGGAUCGGAUUGCCAACAAUCCCGUGUUUCUGUUGAUGUAUGGCACUUGUUCGUAUUGUGCCAAGGUCAUCGAUGCCUUGAAGGAAUAUUGUACUGCUUCUAGUAAUGGUAGUAGUAUUGAAAGACGGAACAUGUUGAUUGUCGACUUGGAUGCCUUGGGUAUGGAAAAGUAUGCCCUCCGCACUGAAGUCAUGGAAUUGUUUCCAGGUCACAAUACGAUUCCCGCCCUAUGGGUGGGCGGUCAAUUCAUUGGUGGAUAUGAAGAACUGCAAGCCUUGCAAAAUCAAGAUGGCAAGGAUCAAUUCAAGAUCUUGUUGGAAGAAGCCAUGAAAAAGUCUGCACAAUGA